AUGAGCGAAUCAAUACUCGAUAGUCUCACCCUCAACCUUCCAGCAGGCCUCGGCAGGGAUGAGCUCGAGUCCUUCAAGCCCUUCCAGAGCUGGAUAAGCACGCUCAACAACUCCCUCUCCCUGCAAUCUCAAACCACCCAUCCCUUCCACUCAGACCCGUACGCGCUACGCUCCGUGACCGUGCAGUCGUUCGACCGCUUCGGCGGCUCCCGCCUGGGCUUCGUCAAGCUCUCGGCUACCGUCUCCAACUCCGCCUCGGAGGCUCUGCCUGCGGCGGCCCUCCUGCGUGGCCCCAGUGUCGCCAUGCUCGUGAUGCUGAUCCCGGACGACCUCCCCGCGUCCUCAGACGAGCGCUACGCCGUCUUGACGGUGCAGCCGCGCGUCCCAGCAGGGAGCCUGGGCUUUGUUGAGCUGCCGGCGGGCAUGGUCGAUGACGCGGGAAGCUUCAAGGGAGCAGCUGCCAAGGAGAUGGAGGAGGAACUCGGCAUCACGAUCCAGGAGGAUGAGCUGGUGUGCCUGAGCGAGCUCGCGGCGCCGUCAGAAACCGAGGGGAUCAACGAAGGACUGCCGCAGGCGAUGUAUCCCAGCGCAGGGGGCUGCGACGAGCACAUCACCAUCUACAGCUACGAGCGUCGGAUACCGCGCGAUCAGCUCCGUGAAUGGAGUGGACGUCUGACGGGGCUGCGAGAUCACGGAGAGAAGAUUACCCUCAAGGUCGUGCCGAUGAAGGAUCUCUGGCGAGAAGGGGCGCGAGAUGCAAAGGCACUCGCAGCAGUUGCCUUGUGGGAAGGAUUGCGGCGGGAGGGCAAAGUCUAG